UAUGUGGUUAGGUUAGAAAAAAAAAAGAUGAUCGGGCUACCGUUCUGUUUGUUCGUCGGGUCAUGGGAAUUAAACGAGGGGACCCGAUGUGACAGGACGCGAGGACAGGAGAGAGUUGCAAAUGAACAGCCGAGAAGUACAGACGCAUUAUAACGAACACCAAUAUUAUGUAAACACCGUUCCCAAACCAAAUAAAAACCUGGAAUUAACAUCCCUUUUAUCAUUACAAGUAUUACUGCUUCCAUCAACUCGGACUGCCCCCUCUCGAUUCCAGUCAAGACGGCUUUGAUUAAAAUCUUCCACUAUUAUUAACUGAUCAUUAGUUCUCAUAGCGUCAUAUAUUGCAUCGAUAGUGUUCGAUAAGUUGCGCAUAAUUUCAUCAUCGGUUCUCAAAUAAGGGGGCAUGUAUAUGCAGCCUAGGAAUAACCAGCCACUGUUUACUUUGAUCCUCACCCAUACCAUCUCGAGAUAUCCUAUCGGAACUCGGCACUCGUGAGAGACCAGUGCAGAGUGUACUGCGAUUAAUACCCCACCUCCUUUAAUGCGUGUGCUAUUGAGUUCGUUACGGUCCAUGCGGUACACAUUAUAGUCGUGGCCGAAUAAUAAGCUAUUCGUUAUUGUGUUAUCAAUCCACUUUUCGGUCAGAGCUACUAUGUCAUAAUUGUUUUCAAUAAUUGCCAUGCUAAAGCGUUUCGUCUUGGAUUUGAGCCCGCGAACAUUCUGGUAGUAAAUUUCUGUUAAGUUUCUGUCUGUUGCGAUUGCUGAAUAGGUGUUGUUGGGGUUUGUGAAACAGAUUUGUCCUCGAAAGGGAUUGAUUGUUCUGUUCUGUUUGGUGUGAUCUGUUGGUUGACUGGUAUUGUAGGUCGCCAGAAAUUUUGAAAUUGUUCAGUGCGUCGUUCAUACUCGCGAAAAGCCACACCAGUUGGCCAAAUAUCAGGAGAUAAUACUCGAUCACGAUAUGAGACGGGAACUCCGAUCUUAAAAGAUAUAAAGUUAAUUGCACUCAAGUCCCGAAGUUUAGGCAUCAAUUUGAAUACAAGCACAUCGCUUAUUUUCAGAUUUUGUUGUACAUGUGACGUCAUUUCCUCUUCAGUGGUGUCCGGUGAAAGCCGAGAGACAAAGAUCCAGAAUCGUUGCUCUCUAGCUGGUAUCGAGAUUGUUCGUAGUAGUGAGUUUGAUUGUGCGGUACCAUGUUGUAGGGAAGGGCGCAAGGUGCGGGUAGGAGAUGAACGAUCAACUAAUUUCCUCUUUGGUGCGUUGGAUAUUGGUUGUUGGAAGGUAGUAGUGCGUAGGGAUACUGGUUCAUGGUGUUGUGUAUUAGUGGAGUAUGCAGUUGUUGUUGAUGGUGGUAAAGGUGGAAAGAACGUAGAUUUCAGUGUGGCAGACGCGUCACGCACACUAGUUAUGUGCCUCUGUACAGAGUCCAACACAUCGCUCCUGUGGGCCUCCAAGAGCGUCGACAGGUGCCGCUCAAGAUGCCCCAUGAUGUCUGUCUUGAAAUCUGCCAGUGCUGCGUUGCAGCUCUAAUUUCCUAGUCUGACGGUGUAGUUUGCAUCCGUUACACACCCAUAAUAGUGGAGUAGCAGCUCGUUUGAGCUCCUUGAUGCAGGUAUUGUUAAUGCCUAGGCAGAUGCAAUGGUACGUGCCUUUGCAGGCACCAUCACAGACAUACACUUCCGCAUUGUCUAUUUCUGCGUUACAUGCAGGACAGACGUAAGACAUGGUGGUGGGCGGCUGCGAUGUUGGUGAUGUGGGCGGUUGCGUAGUAAACAAAUGUUGAUUGCUGUGGGUCGGAGAUAUUCAGCAAAAAAUCACUCUAAAAUUCUGUACACAAUUGUAUACAAAGGGUCCAGAAACUUUAACUCAAUUAAGCAGGAUUUUCACUGUAUGGUUGCGAAAGCAACGUAAAUUUCCUAUUUUUCAGCGGAGAGUCUAGGGAGCGUCGUUUCAGCACGAUGACAGUUGUCAACGACAGUUGUUAAGCAUGAUGUAGACGAAGAUGUGGAUUUCCUAGACCUACCCACAAAUUAAUGAAAAUGAGCAGCAUGAGGAUGAGAAUGAGUUUAUCGAAGAUGAAUCAAAUCUGUUUGUUACAAAACUGCGAAUUUGGACUCUAUCACAUAUAGUAACCCAUAUGGCUUUAAAGGAAUUAUUAUCAAUAUUGUCGGAUAUUGAUAGUCUACAUAUCUCACAAGAUCCAAGGACAUUAUUAAAGACCCCAAAGGCAGUAGGAAAAGAGAUUACGACAGUUUCGGGAGGAGAGAUGUGGUACCAGGGAAUCGAAAAAUCUUUAAAGCAUCGUUUUCGGUAAGGAAACCCCCCCCCCCAUGUUGUUGGGGGGUAUUCUUUACUAUUUUUUCCAUUACUCAAAAAUAUAUAAAUGAUAUGUUUCAGUUUAGAUCUAUUACCCCUUACGCUGAUGUGUUUGUUAUUAAUCUCUUCGUGGACGGCCUUCCUUUACAUAACAGUGCUCCCACCGAAUUUUGGAUAAUUAUGAUGCAGCUUUACGAACAGCCGGAAGUUCCUAUCUUAACGUUAGGAAUACAUUGUGGAUCGUCGAAACCACACAAUGUAAAGGACUACCUACGGCCUCUAGUACUUGAAUUGAACCACGCAAUAGAAGAAGGAAUUGUGAUCAACCGAAAGAAGAUCAACAUAUGUUUGAGAGCAUUUAUUACUGAUACCCCGGCAAGAACAAAAACAGGUAUUUAUAAAAGUAUAUAUUUUUUGUGAAAUGCUUACAGCCGUUUUGUUGAUAUUUCAGGAGUAGCACCCCACAACGGUUAUCAAGGCUGUACAAAAUUCAAAAUUGCGGAAAGAUAUUGCAAAGCAGGACGAAAGAUUAUUUUCGAAGGAGUAGCUGCCGAGCGAACGGAUGCUGAAUUUAGAGGUGGAAAGUACAUCAUAGGGCAUCAAAAAAAGUUGACACCACUUUUAGAAGUAAAAGGGUUAGAUGUAAUUAAACAAAUUUUAGUGGCAGACGAAUUGCAUAUAAUCCAUUUAGGAAUAAUACGAAAAUUAUUGAAAGGCUACACAGUAGGAGCUAUAUCACCGUUUAAUAAAUGGAAUAAUGAAAAAUAAUCAGAAUUUUCAAAAACUUUAGUUAGUAUAGAGUUACCAGCUGAAAUUCAUUGUAUUGUUAGACCGCUGCAACAUGUAGCAUAUUGGAAGGGUACCGAGUUCCGCAGUUUUUUAAACCAUAUUGGAAUACUGACAAUUUUUUAAUUGGUCUGGAAUCUAUCAAGGAAGCUUUUUCACUAUUGAACAGCGAAGGAGGACAUGUUGAUGCAAUAGGUAACCGGUCCGUCGAUGUAUUAUGCUCUUAUUGCUUAUGCCCUUAUUGUAUCUUAAAUUAAACGAACGAAGAUUGUCAUCUCUAAAUAAAGCGACUUUUACAUGUGGCAGAGAGUAUACCAAGAAUAGCCGUGAGCCACGACCGCUGUUGAAACACAACGAGGUACGUACCCAUGAAUCUAAUAUUAAUCUUCCACUUUACUCCAGAAAUCAGCGUGAAUAAAGAUUCACCGAAUGCCGAACGAAAUCGGUUAAGGAACAACGAGAGCCGAACCCGAACGAACGAUAGAAAAAACGAAAACGCGUAGGCACAAGCACACAAAGCAACCAAACGCAACGCGAUCCAACGUGCUUUGAGUCUAUACCCACAUGACAUUUUCCGAAGAUUUGAUAUUGACCUCUCGCUCUUUCAUCAUUCUCUCUCGCUAUUUUUGAGUGGUUUUUGCCGUUCGUGCCCUGUGGUGAGCGGUUUUGUCAAUGUGUUGGUGUUGAUCGUGCCUGCUGAGCGACCCGAAUGUGGUUUUGACCAUUUUGCUUCUUUUUUCUGCAACCGUUAACCAUCAAUUUCAGCAAAGAAAAAAAACAUAAGAAGAAGUGGUGUGUUUCGAUAUAAUUACGAAGGAGUUUUUUGUGGUGGUAGUGCUAACGAAAAUCAAAGUACACUAGAAUUUGCAGGUGAAUGUGUAACAAUAAAAAAAAUAUUGUGCAAGCAGCUGCAACCCGGUACGUGAUAAAAAUGUCCAGGAUGAACGGCAAUUUCUACUCGAAAUGUCGCCAAGCAAUGCAGGAGCUUGACCGCGAAUACGAGGACGCAAAGGAACGGCACCGCCGUGCAGGAAAUAGUGGAAGGUUUAAUCUGGUGCCUUUUCCGGAUAUUGAUAUGGAACCAGAACCAUACGCAGCAGGACUCCGACCAGCAUCAGCAUCGGCAUCAGCACCAGUGCCAACAUCAGCACCAGGAGUCAGCAACACGGAGCUAAGACAGGAUUUUUUAAAUAUAAUUAACAUUAAUAACGGUAGUGGUGAUGGUAAUAAUUAUAAUACUAACAAUUCCGACCAGGAGGACAUUAAUUCGGAUGGGGACAGCUGUGUCGAUUUUGACGACGACAUGGUUGGUCGGGACGAUGCGUACGAUUUUAUCGAUGAAAUGGAUCUUAUAGACAAUCUGAGAUACCUUGUUGUUACGUGUCAGCUCCCCCGUUCGACGGCCAACUUGUUACUGGCGAUCCUACGGAAGAAGCUAAACUUAGAUCUUCCCAAAGAUGCGCGGACCCUAGUGAAGACACCCACUGGGAUUGGAAAGAUUGUUAAAACAACUCCUGGUGGUGAUUAUUGGUAUGGAGGUCUUAAGUCGGUCCUGGCCCAACAUUUGCAGAACGUCAAUCCCGGAGUGACACCUUUUUCCUUGGAUGUGUCAAUCGACGGGCUACCUCUUCACAGAGCUGGGCCAACCCAACUUUGGCCGAUUCUAGUGAAAGUGGUAGAGUUGCCAAAGGUGCCGGUGAUGAUGGUGGCUACGUUUAGUGGCGCAUCAAAACCGGGAAGCAUCAUACCAUAUCUGGAGCCGUUCAUAGAUGAGCUGAAUCUGAUUCAGCGGGAAGGUUUGGUUAUCGGCGAUAAAACGGUGCAUUUUAGAGUCCGCGCUUUUAUCGCUGAUUCACCAGCUCGUGCUUUUUUAAAGGCAACAACGAGCUAUACGGGUUAUCACGGUUGUUUGAAGUGUUCUGCUGUUGUCGAAUACUCUGGCAUAGGUAAAAAGGUGAUCUUUGGUACCGUGAAUGGUCCCCUGCGCAAACAAACAUGCUGCUUGCUAAAAAUCAAGUGCGCCGAGUAG